ACGCCCAACAAGUAAAUCAAAUUAAGAGCAGCCAAGCCGACUUGUUUCAAAUAAUCUGUCUAUCAAGAAAACAAAAUCAAACAAAAUGAACUUCAACAAAGUCUUCAUCUUCUUGGCUGUGAUGAUUGCCAUUUUCGCAGGACAAACGGAGGCAGGUUGGCUGAAGAAGAUCGGCAAGAAAAUCGAACGUGUGGGUCAACAUACAAGAGAUGCCACCAUUCAAGGACUUGGUAUAGCACAGCAAGCCGCUAAUGUCGCUGCCACUGCCAGGGGCUAAAAAAUAGUUAAAACAUUUUAUUAUUAAAUAUGUAAUUUAUUUAUUGUUGUACUUAAAACCUUAAAUUUAUAAAUAAUUUGAAAUUAUUACCUUUAAGAAUAAAUUAAAUCAAAGUCAAA